AUUGUUGUGAAUGUGUACGUAGGAACAUACAGGGAGCAGACAAAUAACUUUUCGUUGCUAAUCGAUAACGCAAACAAAUCUUUUCCAUCACAGAAUGGGCCAUUCCAUGUGAAAAGCAGAGUUGUGGGUGAAAAAUUCAGGUGCUUUUGUUUCAAUUUGGGUGCAAUAUUAAGAAAUUACAAUGGAUCGUACCAUCAAAACCAGAAGUAACCUAUCGAACACAAAAAAUGAAUGUGUCCAGGUGGUGGUACGAUGCCGGCCGCUGAACAACAAGGAAUUGACUGGAAACUUCCAAAAAGUGGUCGACGUUUUUCCUAGUCGAGGUGUCAUCGAAAUCCUGAACUGCAAUGAAGCUUCGAGAGAAAACAAAAAGAUGUUUACGUACGAUGCUGUGUACGAUUGUCUCUCUACCCAGCAAACGAUCUACGACGAAGUGGUACGUCCGCUGGUUUCAUCCGUUAUGGAAGGAUUCAAUGGGUGUGUCUUUGCGUACGGUCAGACUGGCACGGGCAAAACGCACACGAUGGAGGGCAUCAAAAACGAUCCCGAGCAAAAGGGUAUCAUACCACGGGCGUUCGAGCAGGUAUGGGCACACAUAAAUCGCGCACAGAACAUGAACUUCCUGGUGGCAGUUUCGUAUUUGGAAAUUUACAUGGAGGAAUUGCGCGAUCUGUUAAAACCGAACUCAACCUCCUCGCUGGAACUGCGCGAGCGGGAUGGCGGUAUCGUGGUCCCGAACUUGCACUCCGUGCUGUGCAAAAGCGUCGAGGACAUGCUGCACGUGAUGCACCAGGGCAACAAAAACCGUACGGUCGGGUUCACCAACAUGAACGAGCACAGUUCCCGUUCACAUGCGAUUUUUCUGAUUAAGAUUGAAAUGUGUGAAGCGGGGUCGACUCUAGUCAAAGUGGGCAAGCUGAAUCUGAUCGAUCUGGCCGGCAGUGAACGGCAGUCGAAGACGGGUGCAACUGCGGAACGGCUGAAGGAAGCAAGCAAAAUCAACCGGGCGCUCUCAUCGCUGGGCAAUGUAAUUUCGGCGCUGGCAGAAAAAUCUCCCCACGUCCCGUACCGCGACUCAAAGCUGACGCGCUUGCUUCAGGAUUCGCUGGGAGGCAAUUCAAAGACUAUCAUGAUAGCGAACAUUGGUCCCUCCGAGUUCAAUUACAACGAGACGCUGACCACGCUACGAUACGCUCAUCGGGCCAAGACGAUCGAAAACAAACCGGUGAAGAACGAAGACCCGCAGGAUACUAAGCUGCGCGAGUACCAGAACGAGAUAGCGGAACUGCGUAAGCUUAUCAGCGAAAGGCAGAAGCGGGAAAGAACGGUACACAGGGAGAAGAAGGCUAAAAAGAAAGCGACGCGUGUCAAGCGCGAACCGAGCCUGACGCAAUCAGAUGAGAAAUCUGACUCGGAGGUCGAGGAGGAGGAAGACUGUGAGAAGGAGAACGAGCAGGAUUUCAACGAGCUGGACACAAAAGCCAAAGAAGAGCUGAUGAAGGAACGCGAAGCAACCGCAGCAUUGGCCUCAAAGCUCCAAGAGCUAGAGGGGCAACUAGUCAAGGGUGGCAAGAAUAUAUUGGACACAUACACCGAGCGGCAGUUUGAGUUGGAGAAAAAGCUGUCUGAAAUUGCGGAACGAAAGAAGAGGGAAAUCGAAAUGCAGCAACAGCUGGAACUGCAAGAAGAAUCUACGAUGGAAAUUCGCGAAACGUUUACCUCGCUCCAGCAGGAGGUAGAACUGAAGACGCGUAAGCUAAAGAAGUGCUAUGCCAAAUGUAUGGCACUGAAGCAGGAGCUACAGGACACCCGCGAUGAGCAUAACCGAGAUAGGCGUGAGCUGGAAAUGACACAGAAUGAGCUGAUCAAGGAGCUGAAACGUUUGUUGCUAAUCAUUGACAACUUUGUACCGGCUGAGGUGAAGUCACGAUUAUACACGCAGGCCAAGUACGACGACGAGGCCGAAGAAUGGUUCCUUAAUGGAAGCAUGAUGCUGAACAACCACCAAAUGCUGACACGCCCAGUCGCUGAUCCGAGCCGAAGACGACCGAUGAGUGAGUAUGCUCUGCAGAUGAUUAAAACGAAGUCUAGCGAUGCAAUCCGCUAUAAGGGAGAGAACAUACUUGACUACGAGCUGGACAUGCCACUCAGAACAACUUACGAAUACUCGAAUCCGAAAGUGUCGGCUUCAUUGCAAGCGGUCCUGGCAGAAGCAAUGCAAACCGAGGAUGAUAUCGACAUCACCGAUCAGUCAAACUAUGCGAGCAUGAUGAAGAUGCGUCUCGAUCAGAUCACCAAGCGAAACGUGCAGGAACACGCAGCAAGUGCUACAACAGGUAGUGCUGCCGGAAGUAGUGGUAUCAUGGGCGGCAGUACUGGCAGCGUGGCAGGUGUGAAUGGCUCGACUGGAAGUGUCCAUAUUGGCAGCGGAAUAAUGACCGCUGGUGGUAGUAGCACUAGCCGUGCCCGGUCCUCGGUAUACAACCGUGGCAAAUCAGCGGCCCCUGCAUUCGGUGCGCACUCGGCGGCACCGGUAAAGAAAGUAUCCACGUCGGCGCUUACGUCAAGCAGCCAUGGAGGCACCGGUGCAGGAGCGGGCCAUAUGUUCCCGAAAGCACGCGGUCUCAUACCAAAGUAGAGACUGCGCCACGGUGAAACUGAAGUACUCAUCUAGAUAUCACCAUCGUCAUCAUCCAUCAUCAAAACAUAGAACGGAUCAUCGUUUAAUCCCUCAAUCUAAGAAUAUGAUAGAUGAUCUCGCUUUGCUA